GUGGACUUUCCGGGGCUCAGUGGGUCAACGGAAAGACUCGCGCCGCACAAUAAGCAGCCCCCACAGUUGCUGCACGGACGUCUCCUCCACCGAGCGCAGCCAUCUGAAACAGCAAUGGUCUUCUUUUCAAGAAUUCAUAUCUGGCUUACACUACUGGUUGCCAUACCUAGUACAAAAUCAAAUGAUGAAGAAACUGCUUCAUUACAAGAUUGGGAUCCAGAGCUGCAAGGACUCAUCACGCCAUUAUUAAAAAGUUUAGUUGCUGUAACUGGAACCCACCGUGGCCAAAAGGUUAUGCGUGUACCACCAACAAGGGAUGUGUCAGAAACAGACCUCUAUUUGCUUGGGGCUAUAGAAAAGCUGGCAUACCGCUUGGAUUUCAUGGAUAAGAGGAUACGCAGAGUAGAGGAACUUAUUUACUAUGUUAUGGACAGUGCAGGACAAUAUGAAAAUCAAGGUAAAGAUCCUUGCCCCAGAAAUUUCACACGCAUUAAAAACAACUGUUACCACUUCAGCAAUAAUCAACUUAAUUGGAAGGCUGCAAAUUCAGCUUGCAAAGGAUUGGAUUCCAAUUUAGCAGAAUUUGAGACUAUUGAGGAAAAUCAAGAUAUUGUCACUUUUAUACUGGCACACAAAGAAUACAAAGGAAAGGAUUACUGGACAGGUGGUCUCAAUCCUGGAUUGCUGUGGAUAUGGGCUAAUUCAGCACGUCCUCUGUCUCCCAAUUCAUCAUCGCCCAAUACAACUGCAUCCUAUAUACAAGGAACUGGUCGCUGCCUUAAGCUGGCAUACAGUCCUCCUCUGAGAUCAUACAAUUAUCGGGGAAUGGACUGUGGUGUGAAAUCACACUUCAUAUGUGAGCAUGAAGAAAAUUCUACUAGUAGAGCUUUAGAAAGAAUAGCAAAAUCAUUGAAACAUCAUGGAAAUUCAGACAUAAGGUACAACAGCUGAUGGAGUCAAUGUAGUAAUGAAAAGUUGGUGUAAUUUUUUUAUUUAUUUUUUUUUUCGCUCAGUAGUGCAACACUGCUGCAAUUUGAGCUUACAACAGAUUGGGUUACUAAUAUUAAAUGUCUGAACAGGAAAUACUGAACUACAUUAUUCAUAAAUAUUUACACAUUAAACAUAUUUUCUCAAGAUCCUUCAGCAUGGAUUUUAUGGCAUCCUGUAUAUUGGUUUCACUUGAUCCAUAUCCACUGGAAAUAAAUUCUUUCUGCAGAUCUGAAAAUUUUAAAUUUCAGUAUCAUAUAUGUUUUCAUUGUUUAAUGAGUUUAGUGAAAUGAUGUUAUAAGAUUAUUGUUCUGUCUCAUUAUAUUAUAUGCAUAUUAUUUUAAAAAUGAAAAAUCAAGUAGAAAGAGUCAUAAUAUAGAUCAAAUCACAAUAUAAUUAUAUUUUGCAACUAAAACUUAUUCUGUAACCAAUAAAAUCUGUUUUUCAACUCAAUAAACUUCACCAACAGCCAUAUACUUCAGGUUAUUUUAUUUUAUUUCAAAUGUAACCAGUUUCGGCAAUUCAUUUUGCCAUCUUCAGGCCCCAUACACUUUUUUAAUCAACAAUACACUAUACAAUAAGCUCAUUGAUUCGAAAAAAGCGUAUGGCGCCUGAAGAUGGCAAAAUGAAUUGCUGAAACUGGUUGUGUUCAAAAUAAAAUAACCUAAAGUAUACGGCUGUUGGUAAAGUUUAUUGAAUUGAAAAGUAUGCACCAGCUGAUGUACCCUGGUCAUAAUGGACCGACAGAGACAGAGAGAAUAAAAUAUGUUGUUGGAAGUAAAUUAAACUUGGUGCAUGCAGUGGUAAGCACUGUAAGAAUUUAAUGAUAAAAGGCGAUGAAUACUGACUGAAAGAGAUUUAAUGUUAGAGAAGCAAAUAGCAAAUACAUCUCUGAAAGUUGAAGAGAAAUCUGAAGGCUGCAAACAUUUUGUUUUUCUUCAUAUUUUAUGAUUAAAUAUAGUACCAGCUGUACGAGAUAUAUUUGUUACAUGUCACAUUUGUCAGUUCAGCAGACAGUUUAUAUCCACCACAUAGUUGGCAGAAAGUGAUAAUGAGCUAAUUAAAUUUGACUAUAAGAUUAAUAUUAGUCAAACUUGAUAAACGGCAGACUGUAAUCAAAGUGGUAAUGAAAACUGAAUGCAUGCUAUUUCUA